AUGUCUGGGCGCCACGUGGGGCGUUCUAACACUUACAGCCACCUGAAUCAUCCCAACAAUGUGUCGUUUCCAGCCUGGACUUCAGGUUGGACCCAAUGCCCCAACCUCACUGGGACCAACAGCCUCAAGCGUGCCCGCACACCAAGUGACUCAGAGUUCAGCAACCGCAGCAACUCCCCGGAGUGUUCGACCAGCCCCAGCUCCCCCAGAAUCCCACUGCGGCGAAUCUGCAUGGGCCGGCCCUACAACUCCAAGUGUGUGGAGACAAGCCAUCUGGCCAACCGCCCCAAGAUGGCCAGAAAGCCGGCCUAUCGUGGCAGCCCCCACUACCUGCUCUGCACAGAUGGUCCCUCUGGGCCCUCCAGCCCCACCUUCCUGGACCAACUCAUCAAAGGCAUCAACUACCUUGACCGAUCCACCAAUUCCUUCUAUACCAACUGCCCCAAAACAGCAAUGAGCCUGCCAAGGCUUGCAGCCCAUUGCCUGGAACGAGCCACCGACUCCCUGCGCCUGGACCAACUGGACCACUGCUCCCAAAAUGCUUACUCCAACCCCAGCACCAUCAUGGCCACCCCUGACCACUCCAGCACCAACAACAGCACCUCCAUGGUGCCGUCGACCAGGGGUGCUGGUGCUUUGCAGUGCAUGGACAAUGCCACCAACGUGGGUUACAUGCGCCAGGUCAAUAGCCGGAACCUCACUCCCGUGCUCCCACAGAGGACGGGGCUGAAGUUGCCUGAGCUCCCCUUGUUUGGCAAUGGGAUGUUUUCCUUAGGUCGUCUGCCCAAGUUCUGGGAAGCAAUCCACUCGGGUUGGAGUGCCCCUGAGCCCAUCUCCAAACCCUCUAGCUGGUGGUGA